CUCUCUAAUUUUGGAUUGGUUGGGAGGAGGAAGGCACAGCAGGCCUUAAUAACUGUGUCCCAGAUACAUCUGGAGCUCCCAAAAUCUCACUUCACUGUCUGCCUUACUGGGAGCGAUGUCUUUUAUCCACGUAGAUAAGAAUUCAGACUUCCCCAUUCAGAACCUUCCGUAUGGGAUAUUUUCCACAUGCGAUGAGGUUAGUAUUAUGUUUGCUAAUGUGUUUAUAUUCUUUAUAAUAUAUAUAUAUUUAAAAAAAAAAUUUUUUUGUGGAAUUUAUGUUACUGCUCUUAAAAUACAUCUGAUCAGGUUAGCCUUUGUAUACACUGCAUACACCGAAAAAGCGUCCCAAAAAUCUAUGCUUGGAAAGAAAAUGAAUGACUUGUAGGUCUAAAAUAGGACUUUCCUGAUCUGGGACCUGUGAGUUGUUGUUGCAAGAUAUUUAUCUGGAGGAGAUGCCAGAUAUAGUCUUGCUGUACACACCUCACUUUUAUAUGCUGAUAGACAUUACACAGAAAGCACUGUAUGUAGAAUUCAUAUGCUGUAAAUUCCUAGUUGAUUUUGGGAGCAUUUUAAUACAGAAUUCUGCAGGCCAGCAGUUUGCGUGAGCUUUCCAUCAAUAUGUGUAAGGACACAGCGGAUCUGGCAACUCCUUGAUAGCAGAGGAAAUCACAAAUUUACUUAGAUUAAUUUGUAACAAUGUGCUAUUGCAUGUGUGGAACCAUUUUUUAUAUUCCUCUGACUGUGUAAGGCCAUUGUGAACCUUUGCGUAUUUGCAGUACACGCUAUUUGAAGCAAUGCCCUAUUCUUAAAAAUGUAUGUUCAUUAAAUGUUUUUAUUGUCGUAGAAAAGGCAACAAUAAUUACAAACGAAUACAAGAGUAAGAUAAAGUGGUACAUAAUGAGUAUUGAUAACCCAGUUAAAAUGUUACUCCAAACAUCAUCAUCAUCAUCAUCAUCAUCACUACAGCCCAGUGUCCUGGAUAUGGUGCUAGAAGUACCUUGACCUGGUUAAUUGCUAAACAGAUUGCCCACUUACCUGUCUCCUCCUUACAGGGUUCGGAUGGUCUGGUGAAGCGCUUCUGCAUAGCCGCAGCCUUCGCCAUGCAAUGGCUGAGUGCAUCAGCUGACCUCUCUCUGCUAAUUAAUGCAAUUCUGUGCAACAGAGGUUGCCCAUCAUUGACAUUAGCUAAACCGGAACUCUAAUUCCAGGCUGGCUGAUGGCACCCAAAUGACACAGAUGGAGGUGGGGUUACACCUCUGGCAGCAGAGGGGUUAAACUCGGUAUGUGCAGUUUUUCAAUGUGAAAUGCUGUACAUACAGACUCCAGCCACCAUGAACACUUCAAAUCAGUGAAAUGGUCAUGGUGCAAGGAUUAACACUUUGAGUGUUUGCAUAUGUAAAAGGGCACUCCAGGCACCAAAACAAUACUAGUGCCUAUCUCACACAUUUGUCUUUAUAUAACCAAAACAACUUAAUCUAAAUUAAGUUAUGGUGCUAGGAGGCACCCCAGCUCACUCUUACAUCUAGCUGUUAAACUGUUCUCCAACGGUUUAACCCCAAACUUGCCUGCAGCGCCAAUUACAGCUCCCCUCAGGCAUCUGACUUCUGAAGUUUAGGUUUUAGGAAGUGCAGUGUGUCACCGGACAGGGGUGCUGCUGAUUGGCUGAAGGUGAUCAACUGAUGCUCUCUGCCAAUCAGUGACUUUUCCAAGCAAGUUUUGUGAAUGGGGAAACAUACCUUUCUCAACAGUUUACCCCUUGAGGAAAGAGUGAGCCCGGGGCUUCCUGGCACCAUAACAAAUUCAUUUCGAUGAAGUUGUUAUGGUGCUUAAACUGUCCCAUUAACCCCUUAAAGGGACACUAUAGUCACCUGAACAACUUUAGCUUAAUGAAGCAGUUUUGGUGUAUAGAACAUGCCCCUGCAGCCUCACUGCUCAAUCCUCUGCCAUUUAGGAGUUAAAUCCCUUUGUUUAUGAACCCUAGUCACACCUCCCUGCAUGUGACUUGCACAGCCUUCCAUAAACACUUCCUGUAAAGAGAGCCCUAUUUAGGCUUUCUUUAUUGCAAGUUCUGUUUAAUUAAGAUUGUCUUAUCCCCUGCUAUGUUAAUAGCUUGCUAGACCCUGCAAGAGCCUCCUGUAUGUGAUUAAAGUUCAAUUUAGAGAUUGAGAUACAAUUAUUUAAGGUAAAUUACAUCUGUUUGAAAGUGAAACCAGUUUUUUUUUUUUUUUUUUCAUGCAGGGUCUGUCAAUCAUAGCCAGGGGAGGUGUGGCUAGCGCUGCAUAAACAGAAACAAAGUGAUUUAACUCCUAAAUGACAGUGAAUUGAGCAGUGGAAUUGCAGGAGAAUGAUCUAUACACUAAAACUGCUUUUUUUUUUAGCUAAAGUAAUUUAGGGAACUAUAGUGUUCUUUUAAGGACACAGCUUUUUUUUUUUUUUUAAGGACACAUACUCGUUUUCCUGGCACUCUAGUGCCCUGAGGGUGCCCCCACCCUCAGGGUCCCCCUCCCGCCCGGCUCUUGAAGGGGGAAAGGGGUAAAAACGUACCUUUUUCCAGCGCUUGGCGGGGAGCUCUCCUCCUCCGAUCCUCCUCUUCUCCUCCCAUGCGGCUGAAUGCGCACGCGCGGCAAGAGCUGCGCGCGUAUUCAGCCGGUCACAUAGGAAAGCAUUAUCAAUGCUUUCCUAUGGACGCUUGCGUGCUCUCACUGUGAUUUUCACAGUGAGAAUCACGCAAGCGCCUCUAGCGGCUGUCAAUGAGACAGCCACUAGAGGAAAUAGGGGAAAGCUUAACCCAUUCAUAAACCUAGCAGUUUCUCAAACAAUGGGUUAACCCUAGCUGGACCUGGCACCCAGACCACUUCAUUAAGCUGAAGUGGUCUGGGUGCCUAGAGUGGUCCUUUAAUGACACAAGCAAUUUUUGCAUUUUCUUGCUGUUUGCGUUCACCUGCAAUUUGCAUGUCUCUCGUUUAUUGCACCGACACAUAUUAUAAUAAUAAUAAUAAAAAAAAAAAUAAAAAAAAAAAUAAAAAAAAAUAAAUAUAUAUAUAUAUAUAUAUAUAUAUAUAUAUAUAUAUAUAUAUAUAUAUAUAUAUAUAUAUGCAUAUUUAUUAUUAAAAAAAAGAAAAUGCAAAACAAAAGAAAGAUUUUGUGUUUUUUUACAGUUUUUGCAAUAAUAAUGUGUGCUAAUUAGUGCAGGUUAAAGAAAGUAAUUAAAAAUAAAUUCAUUUAGUUGUUCUGAUUUACAGAAUAUAUAAUGUGUCUGGGAUUUUAAGUUUUUUUUGAUAGUUACAGGUCACAAAGCACAAGGAGUAAAAUAAACUUUUAAUGUGGAGCGAUUUUAGAAUUUGGUAUGUUUGUCUUGUAAGCUUAAUAGCCAUAAUUUUUUUUUUUUUAACUUUUUUUUUUCUUCUUAAAUGUUUUACACGUUCUUAACUUUUUUUUUUUUUUUUACACUUUUACAUUUUUUUUUCUAAACUUUUUCUUUUACCGUUAACCCUUAACUAGCAGUAAGCAGCACUAACAGUAAAUUCCCUCCUUUCCCAUAACUCCCACCCACUCCAGCUAGCAAAAUAUAUCAUUUUAAAAUAUUUAAAUAUUUAAUUAAAUAAAUUGAACCCCUGAGGGUUAAAAAAAUAAAUACAAAUUAAUCCUCAGGGGUUAAAAGAAAUUAGAUAACAGUAUAAUACGGCGAUCUGUAUUUUGAUCACUGUAGGCAGUGAUCAACUGGCAGGGAAGGGGUUACUUUUUAUUUAGACUGAGUAAAGGGUUUUUUUGUUUUUGUUUUUUUUUUUUACCUUUUUUAAAGCUUAUUUUAAAACUUUUUUUAUUAACCCCUAGUUAGCCUAACACCAAAUUCCCCAAUUCCCUACUAAAGUCAUCCCAUCCCAGCUAGCUAAAUAUAUAUUUUUUUUAAAUUAAUAAAAUAAAUUUAACCCCCGAGAAUUAAAAAAGAAAAAAAAUCAGAUGACAUUAAAAUGUAUACCCUGCCAAUUGAUCACUGUAGUCAGUGAUCAAUUGGCAGGGAAGGGGUUAAUUUGAUUAAAUUGUUAUUUAUUUUUACACAGGGAGAAGAGGAUCAUCAAAGACUGAGUGCAUUUCAAUUAAAAUUAAAGUGUGUGGGUGUGUCUAUUUAGACACCUGCCUCCACCAAACGAGAAUUUGAAUCAAUGCAUCUCUAUGGGGAACAUUCUGCCCCUCCAUACAGAGCGUGGAGACGCUCUAGUGCCAUCAGAGUGAUUUUUACUAGGCAGCAAUGUUAUUUAUUUUAUUUAUUUAUUUGUGUAUGUAUGUAUGUAUGUAUGUAUGUAUGUAUGUGUGUGUGUGUGUGUGUGUGUGUGUGUGUGUGUGUGUGUUAUAUAUAUAUAUAUAUAUAUAUAUAUAUAUAUAUAUAUAUAUAUAUAUAUAUAUAUAUAUAUAUAUAUAUAUAUAUAUAUAUAUAUAUGUGUGAAAAGGCAGUGUUUACAUUGAAAGGUCUGUAGAUAUAAGCUAUAGACCCCAGAACAACUACUAGCUGUAGUGUUGGAACAAGAAGAAGAUACAAAUUAGGAUCAAAGGCCAGCUCUUAUAAUAGAGCAUCCUGACAUUACUCAAUCAACUGUGUAGUGUGUCACAGGAUAUAAGGGUGAAAGGUGCUCCUUAAUCCAUAUCACAAAUAUAUAGGCACUUGGGGCAGUAGGCUGCAGGUAGCACUAAAAUGUUUAAAACUGGAAUAUCUAACACCAUUAGCAAUUAAACUGCCACUAUAAAAGUAGCCUUAAGUUGGAACUGACAGACCCACAAAUCUCAGCCACCAAUCUACUUGAAAAGAGGUCUCUUAUUAGUAAGGUGAGGAAAAGCCUCUGUGUCAGUGCACCAAACUGAUAUUCAGCCUGUAUCCCAACCACCAAACUUCACUGCUUCAAGGCAGGCCUCCUUCCCACAUCUCCACUAAGUAAGACCGAAAUUAGAUGAUUAUUAAUAAAGCCUAUACUGAGAAUUACUUAUUUAUAUAGCACCAGCUUAUUUCGCAGCGCUUUACAAUAAGAAGGAAAUUUACCAAAUGAGACCACAAAAUGUAACAGGAACAAUAGGUUGUUGGGGACCCUGCUCGAACGAUCUUACAAUAUAGAGAAGGUGGGAUAUAAACCCACAAUAGGAUGGGUAUUGAGGGAGACAGCAAAUAGACAUGGUGGGAAAGUAGCAGAACUGGAGGUGAGUCAAGUGUGGCCCUUUUUAGGGGAGAGCAAGAGGAAGGUUUGAGAGAGAGAGAGAGAGAGAGAGAAGUUAAUCUUGGAGGCCAUAAGCAAUCCUGAAAAGAUGGGUUUUGAGGGACUUCUUAAAGGAUUGAAGACUAGGGGAGAGUCUGUCAGAGGCUAUUCCAAAAGAUAGGAGCAGCUCGUGAGAAGUCUUGCAUGCGUGAAUUUGCCGUAAGUAUGUGAGCAGAAGACAGGAGAUGGUCACCAGUAGAGCGGAAAGAUCGAGAGGAGGCAUACCUAUGAAUCAGUGAAGAAAUGUAAGAGGGGCUAGAGUUGGCUAGAGCAUUAUAGGUAAAGGUUCGUAUUUUAAAUUGACACAUGUAGGGUAGAGGAAGCAAGUGUAUGGAUUAAUAGAGGGGUGAGAUGUGAGAGGAGCGACAGGAGAGAAAGAUCAGCCUGGCAGCAGCAUUCAUCAGAUUGUAGCAUUACGGCUUCUGGGGAGAGCAAUUAGGAGGGAAUUGCAGUAAUCCAUGCGAGAGGUUACUAGAGCAUGAACAAGCUCCUUGGCAGCAUCUUGCAUAAGAAAGGGGCGUAUGUGGGCAAUGGUUUUUAAGAUGGAAUCGACAGGUUUUAGAAAUAGACUGGAUAUGAGGCGCAAAGGUGAGGUCAGGAUCAAAAAUGACACCAAGACAGUGAUCGUGAAAGGAUGGGGUGAGGCAGGUACCGUUAACCUGCAGGGAAAGUGAAAGAGGAGGUGGAUCAGCGUUAUGAGGAGGAAAAAUAAGAAACUCCGUUUUAGAGAGAUUGAGUUUCAGAAAGCGGGAGGACAUCCAAUCAGAGAUAGAAGAGAGGCAAUUGGUGACACGUUGUAGGACAGCAGGGGAGAGGUCAGGGGAGGAGAGGUAUAUCUGGGUGUCGUCGGUGUACAGGUGGUAGUGGAAUCCAUAUGAAUUAAUGAGUUUGCCAAGAGAGGCAAUAUAUAGAGAGAGAGAGAGAGAGAGAGAACAAAAGGGGACCAAGAACCUUGAGGGACUUCCAACUGAGACAGGAUGAGGAGGGGAGGUGUCGUUUGAAAAAGAGACACUGAAGGAGUAUUGGUAGAGAUAGGAGGAGAACAAAGAGGGCUGUAUCACAGAGACCAAGAUAUUGAAGAGUUAGGAGAAGGAGGCCAUGAUCAACAUUGUCAAAGGCAGCAGAGAGGUCAAGAAGAAUUGGUAUGGAGUAGUGGCCAUUGGAUUUAGCUGCGAUUAGGUCAUUUGUAACUUUAAUAAAAGUCUCAGUAGAGUGGAGAGGGCAGAAGCCAGACUGAAGAGGAUCGAGGAGGGAUAAAGACAAGUCUUUCUAGAAGUUUUGAGGAAAAGGAAAGCAGGGAUAUGGGACGAUAGUUGGAAGACUGGUCUAGAGAUGGCGUUUUUUAGGAUGGGUACAACAGUAGCAUGCUUAAGGGAAGCCGAGACAACACCAGAUGAAAGAGCAGUUUAGGAUGUGUGUUAAGGAUGGUACAAGACAAGGGCUGAUAAGGUGGGAAAGUACUCUAUCAAGCGGACAGGUGGUGGGACGAGAGGAGAAGCGAAGCCACCUCCUGUUCUGUAGCUGGGGAGAAGGCCUGUAGGGUAGGUCGAUGUGUGGUAGCGAAAGGGAGGAGCAAAUGGGGGAGAAUUCAGUUUGAAGGGCAAAGGAGAGAGUUGAAUGUAUUUAAGAGACGCCUGGGAUUGCGUAAGCAUGAACUAACAAGAGUACUGGAGACCAUAUCUUCAGAAGGAUAUUGAUACCUUAGAAAGGGUUCGGAGAAGGGCUACUAAACUGGUUCAUGAAUUGCGGGAUAAAACUUACCAGGAAAGGUUAAAGGAUCUUAACAUGUAAAGCUUGGAGGAAAGACGAGACGGGGUGAUAUGAUAGAAACAUCUAAAUAUAUAAAGGGAAUCAACACCGUAAAGGAGGAGACUAUAUUUAAAAGAAGAAAAACUACCACAACAAGAGGACAUAGUCUUAAAUUCGAGGGAUAAAGGUUUUAAAAUAAUAUCAGGAAGUAUUACUUUACUGAGAGGGUAGUGGAUGCAUGGAAUAGCCUUCCAGCUGAAGUGGUAGAGGUUAACACAGUAAAGGAGUUUAAGCAUGAGUGGUAUAGGCAUAAGGCUAUCCUAACUAUAAGAGACUAAUGAAAGUAUUUAGAAAAUUGGGCAGACUAGAUGGUCCGAAUGGUUCUUAUCUGCCGUCACAUUCUAUGUUUCUUUGUUUCUAUAGCACACUACCAGCACACACCGCUGUGUGUGUAUGUAUGUAUGGUGUGUGUUUGUGCUUUAGGGUGCAAGCCCCAAUGCAAUAGGCUGCGCACGCCUAUGAUUGUAUGAUAACUGGGUUAUGCCCCAUGCUUGGAACCUUUUUCACAGUGUCAUGAAAGGGAAGGGGCAUAGUCAUUAUCACAUAAAGCCAGGGUGAAUAGCAUUUUCACAACUAUGGUGUCCCUUUAAGCAAAUUAAAGGAACAUUCUGGUCACCAUAACAACUUCACCUAAAUGAAAAUGCUAUGCCAGGAAGCACCUGUGUGUGUUUAACCCCAAAGGCUUCCUCCAGCUCCAGGUCGCUCAGUGGUGUUCGGCUUCUGAAAAAGUGUCAGGAAGUGCAGAUUGACGUCAGGAAUGGGUGCCACUAAUUGGCAAGAGUGGACGCUCUAAAUGUUUUACUUUUUUAUGAAUGGAGAGCUACUGAUUGGCUUAGAGUGCCAGCUGACCGCUCUAGCAUAUCAGCAACACCCCUACCCAGCGACACUCUGUGCUUCCUGACAAUAAAACUAAAUAAAAGUGAACACGUUAACAAUGAUGGAUAUUUUUUUUUUUUUUUUUUACCUGGGGAGAUGAGAAGGUCCAGAGCUUCCCUGCCAGGCCCAGGUACCAAAGCCUUAUGAUGUGGAGGGUUUACUUCAUUUGUCCUUCCUGCUCCAAUUUCCUUUUCCUCGCCUUCAUUUGACUGUCUUCUUUUUCUUCUGACACUGUUUUCUAUCCUUGGAUCCUUCUGCUCCUUUACAUUUCUGCUUAUUUUGCUCCUUUCUCAUUCUGAUCCCUUUCUGCUUCUUGCAGACCCUUUCUGCUCCUUCUCCUACUUUACCUUUGUGCUCAUUCUGUCCCUUUCUGCUCUUUGCAGACCCUUUCUGCUCUUUGCAGACCCUUUCUGCUCUUUGCAGACCCUUCCUGCUCUUUGCAGACCCUUCCUGCUCUUUGCAGACCCUUCCUGCUCUUUGCAGACCCUUCCUGCUCUUUGCAGACCCUUCCUGCUCUUUGCAGACCCUUCCUGCUCUUUGCAGACCCUUCCUGCUCUUUGCAGACCCUUCCUGCUCUUUGCAGACAUUUCCUGCUCUUUGCAGACAUUUCCUGCUCAUUUCUGCUCCUUCUCCUACUUUACGUUUGUGCUCCUUCUGACCCUUUCUGCUUCUUCUGACCCUUUCUGCUUCUUCUUCUUUACCUUUGUGCUGCUUUACCUUCCAGCUCAUUGCUGACCCUUCCUGUUCAUUUCUGUUCCUUUGUGCUCCCUGCUGUCCCUUCCAGCUCCCUGCUGUCCCUUCCAGCUCAUUUCUGUUCCUUCUCCUUUCUCACUUCCCUAAUCUAUAGGCUGCCCCCCCAUGCCUCACUUCCCUAAUCUAUAGGCUCUCUGUUGCCUGCAUGUGCUGCUCCCCUGCGUUCUCAGUGAACAGAGAGAAGCAGGGAUAAGAUGUAGCUUCCUAUUCCUGUCUCUCUCCGUACACAGCGCCUACUGGCCGGCGCCGGUAUUGCAGUUCAUUUUCAAUCUCAAGAAAAAUGGCAGAACAAGCUGAAAAAUCCAGGGGGAGGGGGGCAAGUGCCCCUCCUGGGCCCCCCCCUCCCCUCCCCUCCCCCUUGCGGACGCCCAUGAACAUGAUGUUGUGUAUACAAAAGAAAAGCUGUGGAGGCUCCUAAUGGGUCUUCAGUAAUCUCUACAGUUUUCUACUCUUGCACACAUGGGACUACUUGAUGAUGAUGAUUCUCCUUGGCGGUGCUGAGGAGGGAUAGCUUCUGGUAUAAUCCCCUCUUCUUCCUAGCUGCCACCUUACAUUGAAAUGCAGAGAGACCUCCUUUAUGUGAGAACAGAGCAGUGGACUGUUGUUAGUGAAACAUAUUUCUUUAUUCCAAUUUACACAAUGUGCCUCGUAAUGUGAAUGUGUAAGGAAUUAAUAGAAAUAACUUUUUUUUUUUUUUUGUGUAAAUUGCAGCCAAGACGCAGGGUAGGAGUUGCCAUUGGAGAGCAAAUCUUGGAUCUAAGUGUCAUCAGACAUCUCUUCACUGGUCCUUUCCUAUCUAGUAACCAAGAUGUUUUCAAUCAGGUAUAGUAUGUUUUCUUUGUGUGUGUGUGUGUGUGUGUUAAUUCUAAAUGUUCUGGUCUUAAAUCCCAAACUAAAUGCGCUGACUAUCUUACAAUCUUCUUCUGUUGAGAACUUUGCAGCAACCAAGAACAUUGCUCAUCUAACCCCGAGUUGUCUCCCCUACUACACACAUCCCAAUUCAUGGCCCUCCCAAAUAAACUACUCUUUUAGAAACCUCUUUGAUGCUCAUGCCCAUGGCAUUAUUAGAAUGUAAGCACUAGAGUUUAAACCUCAAUUAAUCAGUUUGAUUAUUUUAGUUACAUGCUACGAACAACUAAGAAUUAACUUCUUAGUAUGUCAAAAGAGGGAGAAAAUUAAAUCUACUAGUGCAAGAAGAAACUGCGAGAUAGAGAGAGAGAUAGAUAGAUAGAGAUAUAUAUAUAUAUAUAUAUAUAUAUAUAUAUAUAUAGAUGGAUGUAUCUAUAAUCUCUAUCUUUAAAAUUUUCUAAAUUAUUAUGAAUUUUUUUUUUUUUUUUUCUUUGUUCCUUUAGCCAACCUUUAACAAAUUUAUGGCCCUCGGGCACAACGCUUGGACAGAGGUUCGACACUUCCUUCAAAAACUGCUAAGCAUGCCUGAGCCAUUACUGAAAGACAACAAAGAACUCCGGGAAAAGUAAGAAGGGAUACUUGACGAUGUUAUAUUAAAUUGCAUAUAAUCAAGCAACACAAUAUACUUGUGCUUUUUUUUUUUUUUUGGAGAUAUGAAUGUCUGUAUUUUUUUGCGUCCAGGAUAAAAAAGGGGGUACUUAGUGCAGGAACUAUAGUAUCUAUUCUGACUUUAAAUUAAGUCUCAGUACUAGACUUGGGCAUACGAUUUCAAAUGAAAAGCGAUUUGUCUGAUUCUGGAAAAAAGGAAUAUCGCGCUUUGGAGUUCUGCCUGUGGUGCCAAAAAAUGGUGGGAGCACGAAGUAUGGUUUCACUUGCCUUAAUUCUAUCUUCUUAUCUCACCCCUGCUAGUUUGCUAAAACACACAAUGGUAGCAAUAAAGGCAUUAAUUGAAAACCAAUUAAUCUGUUCCGGAGGUCAGAAUGAGCUAGCAUGGAAACCAACCCACAAUGCAUAACACACAGUAAAAGGCAUGCAAACAACGAAGUUUAGCUCCCUACCUUUCCACCGCUUGAGAAAUGCACCAAAAAAGUUCCAAAAAGUCCCAAAACCGUUGCAAAAAAACUCUAGAAUGGCUCCAAAACUCUAUGCAAAAACCGCACCAACACCUGCACACUUGAUGUCCGGUGCUACCCACAGACUCCAGCAUGCAUGGGGGCAGCGGUAUAAACCUCCCAGGUGCAAUGCAUCCUGGGUAAACUUGCUUCGUAUUGUGAAAAAAUUCAUAAACCGAGGCAUUAUUUUUCAAUGGAUUUUCAUUUGUAAACUGAAAAUUGUUAACCGAGGCGUUUGUAAACGGAGGUACCACUGUAAUUGCAAAUAAUUUAGCUCAUUGAUGCCACUGAUGCUGUUUAUUUUGCCUUAUUUCGCUUGUAAUGCAAAGUCUACAUAUUGAUGUAAUACCCAUGCAACAGUAUUUGUUCUGACUGUUUUCUCACAUUUAUUGAGUUUGCGGAUCAAUAAAGCAUAUUCUUAUGUGUGUGUGUGUGUGUGUGUGUAUAUAUGUAUAUGUAUGUGUGUGUGUGUGUGUGUGUGUGUGUGUGUAUAUGUAUGUGUGUGUGUGUGUGUGUGUGUGUGUGUGUAUAUAUAUAUAUAUAUAUAUAUAUAUAUAUAUAUAUAUAUAUAUAUAUAUAUUUAUAUUUAUUUUUUUUGCUUCUCCUUUUGAUUUUUCUUGCUCUCUGUUGGCUACGUCUCACUUGGUUUGUGAACCAGAUCUGUGAAUAAAGAGCCAGAUGGUGUGAAAUGCACUUAUAAGUGUAUUGUAAAAUAUAUGUAUAUAUUUUGCAGUAAGUGGUAUUUGUGUGUUAUUUUGGUUGUCCAAAUCAUAUUUCCAAAACCAUUGCAUAGACAAAGGUUUUUUCCAAACCAAAACACCACAUGGAUAAAACUCAAUUUGCCAGGAACAAAUGUUAUUGAUAUAUUUUAUUCAGACGAAUGUAAUUUUUUAUUUUUUUACUGUGCACAAGUCUACUAACUAUUUCAAAUUGCUCAAUGCUCCCAAGUAAACAUUCUUGCCUUUCAUUUUUAAUUCAGAAACAAACUGAAAGGACAUCCUUGCACACCGCUAGUAGACAUUAUUUUAUCCAAUGUAGCCCUACAUUAAGCAUCUUGUUAUAAAACACGAAAGACUUCAUGUAAUGGACCUGAGUCAUGCCAGCAAGCAUUAUUUGUUGCACUAUAGAACAAAAUGUAUUUAAAUGAGAUGUGCGUAGUGUUUACAUGGAAUACCUGGCUGAUUACCGGGUUAAUUGAUUGUAUAGGAAUGUGCUAUGUGUUGGAUCACAAGGCAGGUUUUGCAUAAUAACUUCUUCCUUCAAAGCUCGGCACCAAACUGUUUCCCUAGGGCAGGGGUAGGCAACCUUUUAGUAGUACUGUGCCAAAACAAGAUCUUGAAGUUCCUUGGCACGACGGUCCCCUUUUAAUUAAUUAAUUUUAUUUUUGUUUUGGUGUGUAUGUUGCUGAAUUGAGCUUGUGUUUAUUUGUGGGUGCUGCAGUUGCAUUGUAAUGUGUUUGUGCUGAUGUUAUACUGCAUAUUAGACAUGUGCAAUUAGUUUCGUUCCGAAUGUAAAUUCAAAUGCUUCCAAAUGGCAGAAAUGCCUACUUGCCGAAGUGCUUCGGAUUUCUGAAAGUGGCAAAACAAGAGAGGGAGGGAAAAUGACAUGGAAUGAUGACAGAAAUCUAGACCAAUAAGCUAAUUCCUGGCACUGGGAGCCCUAUAGAUGUGGUGGCAGUCCGGGCACCUUACCCUACCUCUACACUUAACCCUAGGUGUGUAAGCGAGGGUUAGGGAGCCCUACAGAUAUGUAAGUGGUUGUGGUGACAAGAGAGCGAUGCUUACGAAUGUGCCAGAUUUCUCUUACUUACCCGAAUUUCUGAACCAAAUUUUUUUUUUAUUUAUUUUUUUUUUUUUUGCCCAUGCACAUCCCUACUGUAUAUGUUCAUUAAUAGUUUGUGAUAUUGUAUAUGAUGCCUAUAAAUGGGCUGCUUUUGGAAUUUUGUGUGUGGAUAAUAUGUCGCAUUGUGUGUAUGUGUGAGGCUGCUUGGGGUAUUGCACAUGAGAGGCUGCUUGUGGGGUUGUGUAUGUGGAUUGGCAAUCACUGCUAGUGUUUUACUAGCAGAUAUAUGAAGCCCCACUGGGACUCCUGAUAGGCAUUCCGAGUGCCACAGGUUGCUGACCCCUGGGCUAUAGAAUGCAAAUGAGUAAGUGUGCUUGCCGUGGGAGUCAAAGCUGAUUUUAGGUAGAAGAUGCCAUUACUGUAACAACUAAGUGAGUCAUUUUGGAUUUGUGUGGGUUUUUUAUUUUAACUGCUGAUGUAAAGUGUUUUUUCAACAAUUAUUAUUUAUUUUUUUUUUCUCUUGUAUGCACUGUGGCUAUUUCUGUUCAUAAAUAUUCCUUUAUUAAGCUUUGCCUAUGUCUGGUAAAGAAUCACUGCUUAAAGAGACUCUAAUAGUAUUUUUUUACUUUUAUUUAAUCGAUAUGUAGCUAGGGGUGUGUGUGUCUUUAAUUUUUUUUUAAUCUAAUUUGCUUGCGGAACCAAGUCAUCCUAUUUAUAAAUUCUCUUGAUGUUGGCAGUUUUUUUUUUUUUUUUUCUUUUCUUUAAUUUAGCGUUAAGUGUGGGUGGUGAUAAGUGGUAUUUUAAUCAUUCUUUUCAGUCUAGUGCAGACAAAUGGUGAAUUUUAUUAACCCUUUCACCCCCAGAACCAAGUCACAAGAAUGCUUGUUCGCAUUGUGAUAAUUUGAAGUUGUUUUUAUUUUAUAUUUUUUUCUUCAAAUGUAUCCCAAUUUCUUCAUCAUUUCACAUCUUUGCCGUUGUUUAGCUACAAUCAUUCCAUAUUAAUUAUGUAUCUGUCUAUUUCCAGGGCUUUUGUGCUACAAUCCAAAGCAAUUCUUCACCUGCCAGCAGACAUUGGUAAGAAUUGUUGAUUACACACACUAGAAGUGAAUUAACAUGAUAAUUAAGCAGGUUCUUCACUUCUUUAUGCAAAUUAAUUUCAUGAUUGUGUUUGCCAGGAUAACCACUUGUGUUUCUGAAUAAACGUGCUACAACUGGCAUGAUGGGGCUCUUUUAUAGGUAAAGGCACAAUAUGGGCACCUAAACCACUUCAUCUCACUUAGUUCCCAACUGUCCCGUUUUUGCCGGUACAGUCACGGCAAGCUGGAGUCUGUCCCGGGCAAUUCACUCUCCCGGGUCAGUCCCGGCAACUUGCUGGCCAUGUGCUUUUAUUAUUUUCCCUCAGACUGGAACAGCCUGUUACAGUCCAAGGGAAUUUUAGUACUGGGGUACUAAAGCUGCUGGGGAGAGACGCUCGGAGCUGCAUUGAGGCUGCUUGGGCCGGAGGGAGCACUGAGAGUCUCCCUUCCAAAUUCCCAGCAGCUUGCCUGGCACAAAGACUCCUCCGCCUCGCGGACAUGGGCUCCGCCCCUACGACACAAGCUCCGCUGUGGUAUGCUGGCUCCAUCUCCCGCACAAAAGCUCUGCCCCUGCUAAGUCGGAGGAAGAGGCCCAAGAUGGGUAUCUGACCUCCCAGCAACAGUACGCGUGCACACGCAGCCUGCGCAUGUGUGUUUUCGGCAGCCUGUGUGUAUGUAAUAAAUUUGUUGGCGACCCAAUAAAUAUAAGAUUAAUUUUAUUGAUAAUAAAAUAAAUAAAAAAAUUCCUGUGAGUUGUUGUGUACGAAUGGCCCCAGUGCACGACUUUGCUCAGCGGCCCAUAACGCAGGUAAGAUGGUACUGUUUGUGUGUGUGUCAGUGAGCUUCUAUUUAGUGAGCUUGUGUGUGUCAGUGAGCUUGUUGGUUUGUGAACUAAUGUAUGUUCUAUUAUAUAGACACAACUCUCUGACUGUUUAGGUCUUUCUAUAUUUCAACUUGUACUAACUGUAUUGCCACUGAUACCCAACUUGCCUGAUAUAGCUGCUGUGCUGCGAAUGUAUCUAUUGCAUACCAACUAUACAUGAUACUGUUGCUGGGAACUUGGUGUUAUAAAGGUCUACUCAACAAAGAGAAUUGCAGGGAAUUUUGCACGUCCUGAUCUGCUGCUUUUUAUAUUUUUUUUACUAGCUUAUUGACUCUCCUCUGAUUUAUUUACACUUUUAUUUUUACAAUUUGUCCAGUACCCCAUCAGGCACGGUAUUUUAUAGCUGUAUAGAGCAGCCCGUACCAUAAUAAUGUUGACAUACUUAAAAUAAACCUUUUUAUAGACUGCUUGGAAAGAAGAGAAUCUUAACAUUUCUGGUCAGCCCCAAUUUCUAUUUGUAUUCAGCCCAUUUUGUUGGUAAAUACAUAGUUACAUAGCUGGAAAGAGAUUUGCGUCCAAGUUCAGCCUUCCUCACAUUUGUUUUUUGCUGUUGAUCCAAAAGAAGGCAAAAAUACCCAGUUUAAAGCACUUCCAAUUUUGCAACAAGCUAGGAAAAAAAAAUCCUUCUUGGCCCCAGAAUGGCAGUCAGAUUUAUCCUUGGAUCAAGCAGUUAUUACCCUACCUUGAAAGAUUAUAUCAUUGAAUAUUCUGUUUUUGCAAGUAUGCAUCUAGUAGCUGUUUGAACAUCUGUAUGGACUCUGAUAAAACAACUUCUUCAGGCAGAGAAUUCCACAUCCUUCUUGUUCUUACAGUAAAAAAUCCUUUCCUUUGCCUUAGACGAAAUCUUCUUUCUUCCAGUCUAAACGCAUGACCUCGUGUCCUAUGUAAAGUCCGGUUACAAAUUGUAUAAAUGGAAAAAAUAUAUUUGCAUGUUUUUGUGUAUGUCAAUGACUUGUAAAGAAAUGUAAUGAUAAUAUGGCUGAAUUAAUUCUCUAAUUUAUCACACAAUUUAAAAUGAAUAAAAAUGAAAUCCUUAAACAAAACCUGAUCACCCUUAUUUUGGGGGGAAUAGAAAGAGGCCUAUAUUUGCAAGAUGGGCAGCUAUGACCUAUUAAUACAUUGUUUUGAAGUGUAAAUACAGAGUAUGGUGACAAUUGUAUCAUUUUUGUUAUAGUCAGUUAGCAUCCUAUCCAAACAGACACAGGUGUAUGCCCUGACCUUGGAGUACAGUUCUAGAAAUUCAAAAUAAAUGAGUGAAACUGCACACACACUAGCACUUCAUUACCACUUUUGCGUACUAUUUCUUUUCUUCUUUUGAACGUUCAAAUGGUUCUAGGUCCAUAGGUGCUUUGGACUGCAGUCCUGUGAUGCUUAGUAAGGAUUUAAAUAUUAAAUUGUGUGUUAUUAUGAAUGUUGCACUAAAAGGAAUACAAAAAAAAAAAACCCCUGCAGUGCAACUCAAGGAAAGAAAAAGAAGAAAAAUAUUUGAGAAGGUAGCUAAUUCUUAUGUCUAUACACCUCCCAGGAGAUUACACAGAUUUUUAUUCUUCAAAGGAUCAUGCAACAAACGUGGGGAUUAUGUUCAGAGGGAAGGAUAAUGCUCUGAUGCCAAACUGGUGAGUUGAAGCCAUUUUAUGUUUGCAAAAUGUGUUCCCUAUAGUAGUUCUUCCAGGAUUUAGCAUUUACCAAUAUUAAAUCCUUGACGAUGUCAAUCAUAGCUGGACAUUUGGUGGUCCCUUCAUAACUUAUUGAAAACAUUGCUUUAAUAUGCCUGUUCGCUGGAGCAGGGUUGGAUUGCAGUCUGGAUCAUCAUUCCAUCUACUACUCCAUGGGAUUCUGAGUCCUCCAGGUAUAUACGCAUUAUUGCUACUUCUAAUUGUAUUCUAUGAAUGUACCUGGCAGAGUUUAUUAAGAAAUGGAAAACCAAAUCAUAGGUGAAAUUUCGGCCUCCUAUUCGGUAUAUUCAAUUGGGUAACCCUGCUUUAUAUACGUUAAAUCCGCUUUUAUUCUGUUGGUAAGCAGAGUAAAAUAUUUUAAAUUUGCAAUUUUUUUUCUUCUAUAAUAACUAGUUGAGCUACAUUUGAUUUAAUUUGACAUAUUCAGAUUUGCUAAAAUCUCCUUGUGGUUUCAUAGGCUACACCUUCCUGUUGGGUAUCAUGGUCGGGCAUCCUCUGUAGUGGUGUCAGGAACGCCAAUCCGAAGACCUAGGGGACAAAUUAGACCAAAUGAUGGUACAUUAAAACACGAUUUAUUUUUAUUGGAUUUGGUUUUAUUUUAACUUUAUUUUUUUAAUUUAUUUUGUUUUGUUCCUCCUCCCUCCCCUAUCUGUAUUUCAGACCAGCCCCCUAUAUUCGAGGCCAGCAAGCUCCUGGAUAUUGAAUUAGAAAUGGUGAGUUAUACCGCCUGCUGCUAGAGCCUUGUCUUGCAAAACAGGAAGGUCUGGAAGGUGCAUUCUUAAGGCAAGCAUAUAGUGUCUGCUUUAAUACAAGACAGCUUUACUUGUGAACCUCACCAUUCACCAGUCUUGCAAAUGCAGUUAACCAUAUGUACUCAUGUGGCAAUAAGCAGCAUUGAUAUGCUGGGGAUGCCCAGCUGACAUUCUUGGCUUAUCACUGCCACUCAUUACUGUGCUCGGCUCAGGGCCCUCAUUCAGUGUAAAACUGAUCAAGAAUGGUUUGACAAUGAACAGUGGAAAGGUGCCCAGGAACUCCAAACACACUAACCACUUCAAUAAGAUGAAGUGGUCAUGGUUUCUAGUGUUUCUUUAAGGCUCAGUUGGAUAAAUACUGUUGUAAUUGCGAGCCAACUUUCAGCAUCUCAGACACAAUAGCCGAAUAAGGGGGAACCCAUAAGAGAACUUUCUGCAUUAAUCAGACUAAUUUUGGUGUGAAUUAUGGAAUUGUGUUUUUCACCUAAUUUCAAUUCACUGAUACGUAUACAGGCAGAUGGGGGAGCCAGACCUGUCAAGACUAGAGCAUCCCCUUUAGACAUGUGCAAUUCGUUUCAAAUGUACAUUCGGACGAAUUUCAUGCAAUUCGGAUGCUUACGAAUGUCCGAAGUACCUAAGUUCGGUAGUUCGGAAGUGCCGAACCAAAUGACAUUGGUCUGAAUUGACAAAGUUCCGAAGUGCUUUGGAUUUGUGAAAAGUGGAAAAACGAGAGAGGGAGGGAAAAAUUACGUGAAUGAUGACAGGAAUCUUGACCAAUAAGCGAAUUCCUGGCUUUGGGAGCCCUAUAGAUGUGUUUGUGGUAUCAGUCCUGGCACUGGGAGCCCCCUGCCCAUAGUGCCAGGACUGCCACCACAACCACUUACACAUCUAUAGGGCACACAGUGCCAGGAUUGCCACCACAACCACUUACUAGACCUGUGCAAUUCGUUUCUUCCAUUCGGAUGCUUACCAAGUUCCAAAUUGCAGAAGUUCGGAAGUGCUGAACUGAACGCCAUUGGUCCUAAUUGCCGAAGCAGGCACAUUUUUAAAAAAAUAGUUUUUUGUUUUUUUUUUACUUACCCGAAUUUCCAAACCAAAUUUUAUUUCUUGCUCAUGCAUAUCCCUAAUGCCAUUGACACAACAAAGGGCAGACUGACCCAAAAAAGGAUUGUUUUAGCAUGAAUUAAUACAUGAACAAAAAUGGGGGGGGAUAAUUUCUGCUUACAAUGUCCCUUCUAACUUUUUAGAAGAGAACUGUCACCUCAACUAUGUAUUUUACUAUAACGAUCCUUUCAUAAAGUUUUGAAAGGAAAUGGUUUCUUUGUUAAAUAAAGGGUGUUUUUAUUUUAAAAAAAAAAACCUGCCAUAUACAUACACCUUAAGUCAAGCAGUGUUUGAAUUUGACCGUCCGUCUCAUGAAGUCAAAGCACUGUACAGAGAGUAAAGCAGUAAAGUCCAUAGAGACUCUAUCUAUAUAAUAUUAUUAUAGUUUUUUUAUAGUGCAUGUAUAUGGUGGAAGGAUCCUGUCCUUUUUCUUCUUUGCAGCACUGGCGUUCAGCUUCUCUACGCUGAACUGUUCCCAUAGAGUUGCAUUGAUUUAAUACAUCUGAGGUGAUGCUAAUUGGCGCAGAGUGACGUUUUGAGGCACAUGCACAAUAGCAUCAAGAUUGAUGUCCGCCACAGAGGUGGAACUAGCCGCGGUGAGACUGGGGUGGGACAAAGUGAGUAAGAUCACCUUUUCAAAGCAAGGCAAGGAGGGCUGGGAACCUAAAUAGCCAUACCAGGACUAUAGUGUCAGGAAUAUAUGUUUGUAUUCCUGACACUGUAGUGUUUCCUUUUAAGGCUUUUUUAAAUGACUUUCUAUGUAAAUAUGCCACCUUUCUAUAUUGAAUAUUGUUUUGCUUUGUCUCAAAGGCUUUCUUUGUGGGUCCUGGAAACAAUCUCGGAAAUCCCAUUCCUAUUCACAAAGCCCACGAGCACAUCUUUGGGAUGGUAUUGAUGAAUGAUUGGAGUGGUAAGAAACGUUCAUUUUGUUUAAUAUCACAUGAAUAUACUGGUUAGCAGUGAUUUAAUGCAGAUAGGGUUAUUCAGUAAAGUGAGAAUUAUCUGCAAUUCAAAAUAAAUGUCACACUUUAGGCAGAAAAGCCGAGCUGUAACAAAAAUUCUCCAAGUGAGCUAUGCUUCUGGUUCUUCUAAUUUGGCUUUAAAUUCACUUUGAAUACCGAACAAUUCUGUCUUUAGUGAAUAGCCCUAAAAGCAUUGUUUGGGUUCUGUAGCACGCCAGAUAGCUUCAAGUUUUAAAGUAAACAAAAACAAAUCUAUAUGCAAAUCCGGACACAUUAAUAAGCUGAGGUGCACUAAAUGAUGUACAGCGAACUUAUUACUCAUUAACUAAAGUGAAAAUUUAACGUUGUAAGUAGCCAAGCAACUUUGGUCUUACAUUUCACUUUGGAUUUUAACUUUAGUAAAUGAUCCUCCACCCCCCCCAUUUUGUGUAGUAAAAAAAAAAAAAAAAAAAAAAGAAAAACAUAUAAGAAUUCACAGAACUGGCAAAAGCUCAGAAUACUCUGUAGCUUGUCCUUUGGCAAAUCCCUGCUCCGUUCUCAAAGUUUUUGCUCACACUUCUGACAUUACAGAGAGAACAUAUACCAUUUGCAUAUCAGACUGAUUCACCCAUAAGGGCAAUCCAGAUCCAAAAUGACAACAACUUCCCUUUUUAUAUGUGUGAUACAGCAACCUCGAAGAUCAUCUUGGUCUACUUUGGGCCUUAUCAGCAAGGUAUAGCUGAUAUCCCUCUAAGCACAGUAAGCCAGGUGUCCAUCUCUGGAAUACCCUUUUAAAUCCCCAAUAUUAGUAUUAAACCUUGUUUGUGUGGUGUAUGGCACAACUUAUCUGAAAAUAGCAAUGUUGGCUAUCUUUCAGUUGUGCUUUUCCUCCUAAGUGUCCCGAUUUUCAGGUCCUGUCCGAGGUUCCCUGGAGUCCCCAACAAGCAGAGAGUGAGUGCAUCGUAAUUCUAGCAGAUACCCCCCCCUUUCUUGGUGGGUCUUACUCUUUAGGCAGGACCAGUGAUGCAUUCACAUCACACACGCCCCUUUUACAACCACCCACUGGUGUUGCGUUGGAAGGUAUGCAUUUUCUAGCAAAUCCAAAUGAAGAGACGACAUUGUGUAUUAUAUGGCUGUGGGCUGACAUUCCCACAUUGCUACGGAUGUUAAGAGUUCUAAGCCACAUGAGAAGGAUAGUUGCCACAGGCUUAAUGUUACUAGCCAUUACCAUGGGAUGUCUGUCAAGGUUCAGAUAUUUAUGUUCGUAACCUUUCUCUAUUCUUUUUAGCCAGAGAUAUUCAGAAAUGGGAAUAUGUUCCACUUGGGCCGUUUCUGAGUAAAAACUUUGGAACCACCAUAUCUCCCUGGAUUGUGCCAAUGGAAGCUUUGAUGCCCUUUGUCCUGCCAAAUCCAGUUCAGGUGAGAACAGUAUAUUUUGAUAAUGUAUAAAAGUCCAGUGAUACAUAUGGGAUAUCUAUAGAUAUAUUCUAUUUCCACAAUCAAGAGAAGCUAUUCAUAGCUACAGCAGUGGCGGAUCCAGGGGGGGCAACAGGGCAAAUUCUCCCCUGCCGGUUAAUGCAGGGCUGGUAUUGUCAAAGUGCCAGCCUUGCAAUGUGCCUGCGCACUGGGGAGGGAGAUCAGAGAUCAGGAGAGAGCAUCCGGGAGCUCUUGCUUGCAGCUCCUCUGGGUCCUCCUCUUGUGAGCAUUGAGCGGUUACCAUGGCAACACUCCAGAUCUUGCUAAAGUGAACUCUAGCCCUGGAGCGUGGGCUAGAGUUCAUCUGACCACCACUGAGACACCAGGGAUUCACCACAGACCACCAGGAAUCCAGAAAUGUCCCCCCUCCUCCCAGUAAAGGUAAGAAGGGAGGGGGGGGACAUAAAGUAUAUUUAUUUUAAUUAAAUUAAAAAAAAAUUGUAAAAGCCUCCUCCCCCCAUACACACGCUGCCCCCCAUACACACGCUGCCCCAUAUACACCCAUACACACUGCACACCUAUACACUGCAACCCUGACAUACACUGCCGCCCUCGCGCACACUCACUUCACCGCUCACACACACACUGCACCUUUCACACACACUUCACCCAUAACACAUACCACUGCUCCUAUGCCCUAUAUCCCAGCAGACCCCAGGUAAGUUGUCAAACUGUUCUUAAACGGUUUGACUACUUACUCUGGGAUGGGAUCAUGGCACUACGGGCACCAUAACUACUACACUGAGCUGUAGUGGUUAUUGUUCCUGGAUUAUUUAUUUAAAUAAUCUUCAAAUGCCCCUCUUGAUAUCAGGCUCUGGAUCCGCCACUGAGCUACAGACACACGUCUCCCUGGUCAGGAAGAAGCCCACCAAUCAGAAACCUCUUAUUAUGGUCUAUGGGUCUUAUUGUACAGUUCAACGGAAUUUGCUGGCGCUAUAUAAAUAAUAAUUGUGGUUUAUUACCCACUUCGGUUACAUAGAGAUUUAUGGAAUAAGUAUCCCCAGCAGCUCAAUAAACUGAUAGCAGCUGCAGUGUGGCUGCUAUCACAUUUUACUUUUGCAAAAAGUCUAUAUGCAGCAAUCGUGAUGCCAACAUAAGGAACACUCAGAGACAUGCAAAGUGUUGUGUAUUACGGCAUAUUUGCAGUGGCGGAACAGAGGUUGCGAGUGUGACCUGGCCCUUUGUGGCCUGUCACAAAGUGCCCAUGUACUGGAUGGCUGGCCACCUUUAUGGUGCCCUAAGGUGGCCCUUCAAUGGAGCAAGGCAGAGUAGGCCCCUGCUUACCCAGACAUCAGGCGCCAACUCUGUUGAAAAAUACUGAGUCCUGGAGUGGGAAUUGGAGAUGGCAGCGAGGGAGCUCUGAUUUUGCUGCUCUUCCUACACUGUUCCAUUCAAUGAUGCUGGGAGCCGGAAUAUGACGUCACUCCGGCACCUUCUUUACUACAGGGCACUCAAGGGAGCAGUGCUGGAAGAUCAUAAAGAUUACAGUAACCCCACUAGUCCCUAGAGAGAGAAUCUACACCUGCUCUCCCAAUGGUAGAGAUGCUGGGUAGACUUAAUUUUUAUAUAUAUAUAUGAAAAAUAAAACAAGAUAGCACUCCCAGGACUUAUUCAAUCAAAAAAAAUAUAAAACUUAACUUUUAAUCAAUAUCCAAAAAACAGAUCGACGUUUUUUGAUGAAAGUCUGUGGUUAACAGACUGAAACGUCGAUCUGUUUUUUGGAUAUUGAUUAAAAGUUAAGUUUUAUAUUUUUUUUGAUUGAAUAAGUCCUGGGAGUGCUAUCUUGUUUUAUUUUUCUGUGUUUUGCUGGACAAGCACCGGGCAAGUAGAACUUUGAAAGUGGAGUGCACUUUUUUUUUUUUUUAAAUUUUUGUCUGUGAAAGUCUCUCAGUGAGAAUGUGAGUGUUGGUUAAACAAUGAGUGUGUGUAUGUGUUAGUAAAAGUGUAUGUACGUAAAUUUUUUUAAAUAAUUACAUACAAUAUAAAAAAACUUCAAUUAAUGUGAUUUGUGUGUGUGUGUGUGUGUAUACAAGCAAUAUAUACACACUUGCAUGUAUUUUUAAAUGUGUAUUGUAUUAUUAAAGAUCAUAACAUUCCAACUUUACAUUGUGCUAGCAAAGGUAUAGAUUUUAAUUUAAAGCUCUUUAAAAGUAAACAAAAACAAAUCUAUAUGCCUAUCCGGACACCUUAGUAAGCUGAGGUGCACUAAAUGAUGUACAGCAAACAGUCAAUGAAAUCCUCAUCAUUAGACCUAGAUUGAGUGACAGGCCGGUCCUCUUGCUCCCUGUCACUGUAUUACUCCCCCAACAAGAGUUUGGGAUGCACUGACAGUGUGCUGGCAUUGAAGCCAGUAUGUUAGUGUCAGUAUGGGGGAUUGCCAUGCUUAGUGUGGAGUGAUUGGCACUGUUUGGGGUCACUUCCUUCACACGCAGCCAAACCCAGCAUACAAUCAUAUUCAGCCAGCCACGCAAUCCCACUCUGCCAACGUCACACAUGCAUAUCACACUCGGUCACACACUGCUACUACACACAUUAAACUCUUUAGGGGAGCAACAAGGGUCGAGAUGGGGCAGUUUUUUUUAAUUCUUGCUCUGGGGUUCUGUGAUUCCUAGUUCCCUGAAUAUUUGGCUGUUAUUUGGAAACAUUGUGUCUCUCUGCACAGAUUGCUGUAAGGGGCCACUACUUAUUGAAUUAGAUGGUGAGCAUUUCAGUUGCAUAUAUCUUUAAAUUGGAUAGUUUGGCCUGUUGGGGAGACAGAUUAAAGCAACAUUUAAUUGUUGGGGGGAAAUAAAACUGACUGUGCAUGUGAUUGCAGCUUUUAAAAGCUUCUAAAUGAGCUGUAAAUCAGCUCCUUAAGAAUGGGGGGGCUGGGGAGGGAUGAGACCGGCGCACACACUGGCCAAGCACCCCUGUUGCUUCUGUUAGCUUUGUGGACCUAUUGGAUGAAGAAGAAAAUCUCAUUGGAUGUCUAAGUGACCGCAAGUGAGGUGUUUCAUCCACCGGUUAUAAAAAUGCCAAGCUGAACUGCUUUUAUAUGUGAGGAGUGAGCCUUUUAAAAAUGUAGAGUUCCAUUUACAAACUGAUACAAUUUUUGAUAAAAUACUACCUAAUCGGUGUUUAUGCAAAAUCGUUAGAAAUAAGUUUUUCCAACAUUUAAGUCAAUAAUAAUAACAAUGGAACAUCUUUUUGUAUGUCACACUUCUAAAAAUGCUGAGACUGCAGGAAUGUCUAUCAAGAUCUAUUAAACCAGUAAACUAGUAUAAAGAGGUAAUUAUAGGCUUAAGAGCAUCAUAGAUUAUUUUUAAGCUGGCUAACUUCAAAAUAAUGUGUUAAUAAACUGCUCCUGUUUUAUAGUUUGUGAGGUAGGUCAUUCAGAGAAUGCAUCAAACUGCAUUUUCAAUACUUCAUUCAUUGCAAUGUUAAAGGAGUACGAUCUUGUAUCAAUAGUGAUUUUAAGUUGUCCCAUUUGGCAUAUAAAGGGUUAAAACCCAUUUCUUACUUUUUUUUUUCUUUUUUUUCCAUCAUUGAGGAUUUUCCCAGCGCUGCUUAGUUCUGUUUGUAGAGCGCUGCCACCUCCAUGAUGAUCCAAUCCAAUGCUCCUCAUAGAUAAGUAUUGGGGACCUAAUGUGCAAUGCUUUCCUAUGGGCAGCGGUGUAUUUAGUGUGAGGCUGACAAGGCAUUUGCCUAGGGCAGCACUUUUAGGGGGUGGCAAAAAAAGCCACCCCCCCAGAAUGCCCUGGCAAAUGCCUUGACAGCAUCUUGUCCUGGGGGGCUCAGGAGAUGGCUGGGUGGCCACCACUGGGCCCCCCCCCGAGGCUGGCAUGGGCUGAUGCGGGCGGUGAGAGAGCACUCUGAGCUCUUCCCUGUGCAUCGCAGUGAUGCCGGAGCCGGAAUAUGACGUCACUUUGGCUCCGGCAUUACUAAGAGGCGCGCAAGGGAGCUGAACAGGAGGAUCACUGCUCCCUCGCCGCCUCCAAUAUGAGCCUGUCCACCUGCCAGCCCACCAAAAGGUAAGCAAAUAAAAAAUUGUGAGUGUGUUAGUGUGUGUCAGUGAGACUGUGUGUCUGUUGGUGAGUGUCAGUGUGUCUGUUGGUGAGUGUGUUUGUCUGUGUCUGGCGUGUUUGUUUCUGUUAGUAAAUAUGCGUGUCUGCCACUGAGAGUGUGUAUCUGUCAGUCAAUGUUUGUCUGUUAGUGAAUGUGUGUCUCUGACACGGAGUGCAUAUGUGUGUUUGUCUGACAGUGAGUGUGUAUCUGUCAGUGAAUGCGUGUCAGUUGUUGUCUGUCGGUAAUGGGAGUGAGAGUGUGUGUUGGUUAAACAGUGUGUGUGUGACAAUGACUGCGUAUUUGUCAGUAAGUGUAUGUCAGUGUAUGCAUCAGUGAAGGUGUGUUCUGUUAGGCAAAGAGUGUGUUGGUUUUUAACAGGAAGUGAAAUUUAGAGGAGGGGGUGCCUGAGUUUUGUCAUGCAGAGGGCAGCACAAAAUCAGAAUACACCACUGCCUAUAGGGCGUACUGAUCACUACUGAGGGUGGACGUAACCCUGCAUUGCAAACAUUAGAGUAUCUCAAAAACUAAAAGGACAGGGACACUGCACUCUGACCACUUCAUUGAGAUAAGGUGUUAUAAGUGAUUAGUGUUCCUUUAAUUCAUGGGUUUUAUUUAUGGUAUCUUUCAUAGGUAGAUAAUCUUAGUAUCAUUAUUUUGUAGAAUCUGCCUGUUUACUUGUGGUGGAACACCAAAGAAUAUUAUAAAGAAUCUCCUUUACAUCCUGAACAGUGAUUUUUAUUUCAGAUAGACAUAAACAUGUCAAAAUAUACAAUAGACGGGUCUAGUAUAACCUCGCUGGGAUUACAGUUAAAAAAAAGAAGGGAAAAAAAAAUUACCACCAUGUGGUACGCCUCAAGAACACAGCAGCCAUGUUAGUUUACUAAAAAGUACAUCAAUAAAAUUCUAGAACGGUCUUCUGGAUAACAAAGAUGAAGACUAAUUUGAUUUAGAGUGAUAGAAAGAGGAACAUCUGGAGUAAAAUUUAACUUACUGGGGACUGUAGGGAUAAAAUACCAGAAGAUAGCUGAAGUGGAGACCUGACAACACAAGGAAGGCACAUAUGAAAUAAUUCACUAAAGUGAAAAUUGUCAGGAAUUCAAAGUUAAUUUCAAACCAAACUGGAUUUUAAUCUUUACUUUGCCGUAAAUUUUACAUUUUACUUUGAAUUCCUAACAAUUCUCAGGACAGUAGUUAGAGCUCCCAUUUGCACUCAACAAAGUGUUUUAUAAGAAAGGUAUUGGCUUGUGUGAGGAUAUACUUUGCUUUGGCACUAUUUACAAAAUAGUUUUUCAUGAAAAAACCCAACUUGUAAUGUACUGAAAACUAAAUUGCAAUCCAGGUUUAAACAGCAGAGUUGUAACUAUAUAGAGGAGUUGGACUUUAUUUUUUAUUUUUGUUUUUUUAUUUUUUUUAACCAUAAAUUCUUACCUAUGCUCUACAAUUUGGUAUUUAGUUCCUUCCAAUUCAUUGCUUGGCGAAUAAACCUCAAACUGUUCAAUUUAUGCUUCUAUCUUAGUUUGCUGAUCAAUUCUAAUCCAUCUAGUUAAUUUUGAUUGAUAUUGCACUCUACCCUUAAUUAAAUAUCUGCUCCACCAGCUAGAGAGCAAUUUAUACAGCAUAUGUCAGUGUUUGAUUGCAGAUCCUGAUCACUUUUCUGUUAAUCUGUUGCUAAUGAUGAAUGUGAAUGUUACUGCUGUGAGUGUAAAUUGACUUUGUGGGUCAAUGAGUUACAAAAUGUAAGGCAAGUGGCUGUUUUAAAAAAAAAAAAAAAAAAUGUUUUCUCCCUAAUAAGUAAUCCACAAUUGAUAUCCAGUUUCAUUGAAACUGCUGGAGGCGGUUUCAUGAUUAAGAAAACAAUCUGUUGUGAUAAAUGUCUUGCUGUCUUUCAGAGAAGCCAGUGUUUUUUUUUUGUUUUUAAACUUUGUUUUAGGAAUCCCUUGUAAUUCUGGGAAAACGGCAUGUACUUUGAGUUAUCCAUCCCUUUCUCCCCCUAGUGGGCAAUGUGUGUAAAAUUGAUGGCUAUCCUAUUAUUUUCAGUCUUGUCAUAGCAAAAAUGAAAAGCCAUGUAUCGCCAGCAUGAACCAUAAUACGACCCUAGGGCCCAGAGGUUAGACAGUGGAUGUGGAAUCCUGAGCAUGCUUGGCCCUACUAACCAUCCUUAUGAGAAGGUAACCUGCCUAGCAGUGUUAUUUUUGUUGACUAACAAUUUUAGCUGACCACAUUUUUUUGGAGAAACUAUUCAGAUGACUAAAAUACGACUAAAACUGAAACCAAAGACUAUGCGUAAAACUACAUUGAAAUUUGCCGCAAAAAUUAACACUGCACAGAGGGGCUGUGGAACAGGCAAAAGAGACUUUAACUAAAAAGACUUUAACUAAACCCAUUAGAUUUUAGUCAUGUCAACUAAAAUCUACUGGAGAUUUAUUAGACUAAAACAAUUCAGAUGACUAAAAUAUAACUAAAAUUAAAAUAGCUUUUGAGUCAAAAGACAACGAAAUCUGAAAUUUGCUGUCAAAAUUAACACUGCUGUCUAGAGACCUCACAACUUUGGCACACAAAGUUUAACAAAGCAAUUCAAUGAUACGUCUGAUACAAGCUCAACUAUGCCAACCUCUGUUCCCCCGAGCACUACAGACAUCAAAAAUAUAAAAGUAAUAUACUUCAUAAACAAUAUUUACUACCGAUAUUUAAAAAUACCCUUCAUUUGUUUUAUUUAGAGGCUCCUUCUGUAUCUCUCAAUAAAUCUUCUAUAACAGAAAGGAACUAAAGACUACAAAAAUCACAACAAAGAGAACAUGGUCAUCAGGUGUAUGGAAUCAGUAAAUUAAGGACUUCGUGUGGAUAGCACAUUCACAAAAGCAGGAUAAAAAAAUAAAUCAAAUCCUUCUUGAUUAUGGAUAACUUUUUCAGACUUAUUCAGACCGAAACAUACAAACAUAGGGUUAAAAUCACAAGUGGUAUGGAGCGCUAAACAUUCUUGCUUUCCCCUCUUUACCCUCCAUGUCUUGUGUUGUUUAAGGGACUUGAACUUUGUGAAAGCCAGGAAGCUCUCUGGUAGAGUCUAGAGAGCCACCAGGGGCAGUCUUAACCCUGCAAUGUAAACCUUGCAGUUUCACUAAAACUGCAAUGUUUCCUGCUGCAUGGUUAAGGGGACAGGGGCAAACAUCAUUUCAUAAGAUGACAUGGUCUUGGUGCAUAUUUAGUCUCUUUAAGGGAUCAUGCUCCAGUUGCAAUGAAUUCCCAACCAAUGAGGGCCAAGCUCACUUGUAUCAAAAGCCUUUUUUGUAACUUUUUAAAAGGAAUUUUAUAGUGGUAGUGGUGGAGGUAAGUGGGUUCUUAUUUCCCUCCGAUAUGUUAAGACACAGGUUACAUUUGGUAAAAAAAAAUACUACAUAAUAUAAAAGUAUAUAGUAUAUUCCAAAUUUGAGGUGCUCCUUAACCAUACCGAAUUUGUCUAAUUUACUGACGUAUAGUUUGUUGUUAAUUUUGGUUUGUAGGACCCUGUACCAUUGCCUUACCUCCGGGAUGAAAGUGAUUACACCUUCAAUAUAAACCUUGAUGUAAGCAUCCAAGGUAAAUUCAAAGCCUGAAUGGUCUGCUAGUAACCAGCAAUCUUGCAUUAUGGAAACGGCAUGUUGGCUUUCACACCUCCAAAGGGUUCAAUGCACAGUACCAAAGUGUUUUAGUUACCACAAUGAUAAUUGGUAAAAUUAUUUUUCUCCCAGUUCUACUGGGCUAUCCUGUUUGACUUUGGACAGGACUCCGUUCUGUCUCUGGUUCUGGUUUCAAUGUGAUUGCACUGGAAAUCUAGCUAGUUCACUGCUAGAAGUAUCCCAGGUGCUGAAAGUCCAAACACAUUAGCCCUCUUCAUUCUAGUGAGUACUAAAGAUGCAUGACUGUGUGUGUAAAAAUUCACUUCAACACAAUAAUGUAGAAAUAACUUUUUUUAAAUUAAAAACCAAACCAAAAAAAACCCACAAGAUUUUGUGAGUAAGCAAGAUAGCAUUUAAAUGCAUCACAAUACAACUGAACAUCCACACUCCAACCAUCAAUUGACAUGCACUCAGUCAUAUUUUCCAAUGAGGCCCUGGCAAUGAUUGCAUCAAAAGCAUAUUCAAAGUGUCACACAGAUUUUUUUACAAGGGAUGUGCUAGUACCAACAGCCCUGUAUAUGGUUUCUGUAUACAAGCUUGGCAUGUACAGCGUGUCAGAUGUGUCCAUUCCGAGUGUCUGCAUGUGAUUCGAUGCCUACAAAUGCAUGUUUUCAUGUGUUUCCUAGUGUUUUUUGUUUUUUUUUUAUCUACAUGAUGCAUCUACUGACUUUUAUUUUCUAUUUCUGAGCAGGAGAUGGAAUGAAAGAGUCCGUUUCCAUAUGCAAAUCAAAUUUCAAGGUAUGUUUUUAACAUGUGUACCUUGUAAACUUUUUUUUUUUUUUCAGGUUUUGAAAGAAGCUAGAGUACCAGUUUGAAAAAAAACACUAACAACAUCCUAAUACACUUUAAUAAAUAUUCAGAUUUGCAAAUGUUCGCCAUAAACACUUUUUAUUACUAAUAAUAUUUUAUACUAGUGAUGAAUAUUUUAUUGAGAAUAAUCAAUUUCAUCACUAUGUCUUCUGUAUUAAUUUGUAACUUAAUGGGGCACAUAUUUGUAGUUAAGAUUACAAAUUAAGUUACCAUGCAUCCAUUACCUUCUCCCAUCUGUACUGGUCCUAUUCCUGUUCAUGGUUGCUGGUUUUGAGACAUUGCUCUUGAAGUUUGCUUUUGUGUGUUAUAACUGUUUUUUUGUUUUGUUCUUCUUCUUUUUUUUUCUUUAAUUUGGGCAAGAAGUGUGUUGUGUUCCAUGCCAACAACUUUGAUGUUUUAUUGUUCUCAUCCACUAACCACGUUUUAACUUGUAUUAGUAUGUGAGUGUGUACAGAUAGAUUUCUAUAUGUGUUAACACUCGUAUAUAGAGAAUAGUACUUCCCAACAUGUAUGUUUGUUUGAUCAAGAAGUUCAUGCUACGGUUACAGACUCGUUUUUCUAGUUGCGUUACUUGUAUAAUGUGUAUAUAACCUCCCCCCCGAACCCCAGUUUCUGUACUCUCUUUUCCCCUACAUAAUGUGUAACUGUGGUCAUGUUUGUUCUCUUGCAGUACAUGUACUGGACCAUGAAACAGCAACUAACUCAUCAUACCGUUACUGGCUGCAAUGUCCGGCCUGGAGAUCUCUUGGCAUCUGGAACCAUAAGUGGACCUGUAAGCAUGAGCAACUGUUCAUGAACUUCCAUCACCCGUUAAGAAAUGAUCAAGAUGAUCCAACAUAGCCUCACACUAAUAUGUUUAUAUACUAAAAUAAUAUUAGAUGCCUAGAGACCCAGCACCUUGUGUAGCAGUCUUUCUGUCUCCGUGUCUUAAUCUAUCUAAUCUAUUUACUGAAUAUUUAGUACAGAUUUUGGAAGAACUUGUGUCUGUGCACUGACAGCCAAAAACCAUACUAUAAAGAAGAAUUCUUCUAUGUUGUCAUCGUUAAGUUAGGCAUUUGGCAGACAUUCUUUUAGUAACUAUUCUAGAAGGAAGCUCCACAGCAAUAAUACUCCCAGUAAGGUGUCUUUAGUAAUGUGUUUGAUCUUGUUCUAAUUUACAGGUUAAUGUAUGAUAUUUACACAGACUGAUUUCAAAUUACGUCAAUCUUUAUUGACGCGUAGCCUAACAUUUCUCAGAACAGCCCAGGCCACACCCCCAUUCCCUCUCCUAGAAUGAAAGUGUUCGUCUUUGUUCAUUUGAAAUGAUGGUAUGGUUUUGGAAAGGGUUCAAUGGACACUGCAGAUACCCAGACCUCUUCAGGUCAUUGAAGGGGUCUGGGUGCAGUGUCCAAGUCCCCUCAACCAUGCAUCUUAAAACAUUGCAGUUUUAGUGAAACUGCAAUGUUUUCAUUGCAGGGUUAAGACUGCCUCUGGUGGCUCUCUACGGAGUUUGCUGCUUUGCAUGUGGCUAUCCAGCGUCUUCUAAAUCCCCUUAGAAAAGCAUUGAUUUAAUGCUUUCCUAUGUGGAAGGCCUAAUUAUUCCUCUGAGGCAGAAAGACACUUUGGAUUCUGAACACUAUAGUGCUCUUUUAAAUGAAGUGUUAGGGGAAAUGCGUAGUAAAUAUGUAAUGUGUAACAUGCAGACAGCAUCAUAAAGUUUAAUUUGACUUGCUAUAGCCACCUGCUGCAGAUGAAAUAGAACUAUAGAAAAUUAGCAUACGAAGAAAAAAUAAUAUAUAUAUUUUUUUUUUAAAUCACACUAAUUAGAAACUAUGAAAUCACCUCCUUCUGGUGGAAGGCUAGCAUUAAGGCAUAAAAUACUGGGUUGUCAUUUGGGGGGGAAAAACUCCUAUCCAGAAACUGGGUUGCCAAGAUAACCCAACUACUAAAGCGACGCACUAUAGGGUUCUCCACAAACUAACAUAUCCAUUUCCUAUGAAAGCCUGAUUAAAAUGCAGAUAUAAAUAGAUCGGUUUUCUCUUAGUGCACAGGUGAAUGUAAUGUGCUGCAAACUCCUAUGAAGGUGAUCACAAGCAUUGAACGGAUUCUCAAUAGCACUUCCUAGAUCUCACUCUAUGUAUUUCUGGCAGGAUCCAGGGAGUUUUGGCUCCAUGCUGGAGCUGUCUUGGAGAGGAUCCAAACCAAUUGACCUUGGAAAUGGUCAUACAAGGACUUUCUUGAAAGAUGGAGACACAGUGGUUAUAACAGGUACAGCUGUGUUUGGUGACUGUUGGAUAACAUAUAAGAGCAUGCAUAAGCUAGUGUAACAGCAAAAUGUCUUAAAUAUGACACUUUUUAUUGCGUAUGUCUCAUAAUCUUAAAAAAACAACAAUCUCUGGGCCUCAUAGAACAUUUAACAUACUUGUGCCAUCUCAACAGGUUACUGCCAAGGAAAAGAUUAUCGUAUUGGAUUUGGACAGUGUUCUGGAACUAUUCAGCCUGUUCUGUAGAAGACCAAGUUUGAGCAAAGAUGAGCCGCUCAAAGCAUUUUUGGAGUACUGAGUAACAAGCAUAAACUGUUAAGAUCUUGCUGGUGUUUUCAACGUAGUAAGUUCUCAGCUCUCCUCAUUGAGUGCCUUUUUGUAUGGACACGUGAUAUUGGCAUACCAUGAUUAAUGACUGACGAGGGGAAACUGUUUUUUAAUUGCCAUACCUAUGUGUCCUGAUGAAAAUAAAUACCAAAAAAAACUAGACUGUU